AUGCAGUGCAUCCCCAAGACGCAAAAUGCGAUGCAUGUAUGCACGCAUGAGGCAGCAUUGCAAAGGCGGGCGAAGCGCCACGACAACCACCAGCAGCGGCAGCAGCUCACGUACAAGACUGUGUCCGGUGCUGCGAGCAGCUGCGAGAAGCUGCGGAGAGAUGCACGAGCAAUGCACGAAAGCAGCACAACGAUGCAUCGGACGUAUGAGAAGCACGAGAGUGAGAUGAAGAUCCAGUGA